AUGCGAUUCAACACACUCUCUGCCGCCGUUUUCGCCUGCUUCUUGGGUGUUGCACACGGCUUCUCCGGCACCGCCUCAUUCGGUGACACUGGAUUGGGAAGCUGCGGCGUCACCCGGCAAGACAGCGAUCUGGUCGUCAGCCUCAGCCCGACGGAUUACGCUGGGGGAGCGAACUGCGGGCGCGCGAUCAACGUACACUUCCAAGGAAAGACGGUGAAGACGGUGGUGUUCAACGAAUGCUUCAGCUGCUCGGGUGAUGGUAUCGAUCUCUCUCGUGCCGCGUUCCAGCAGCUAGCAAGCCUUAGUGUGGGCCAGAUUUCGGUCACCUGGGAGUUCGCGACGUAA